AUGUCAAAAAGCAGUCGGCGGUACAAAGCUGCUGCGAUCAGUAAAGUCAGCGUACUUGGCCGCUGUGACUACAUUCGGAUGCCACGGGUGCGGGUGCUGAUGCUGUGCUUGUUCGGGGUGUUGGUCAUUGCUAUGAUACUCGGGUUCUAUUUGGCUAAUGACACAACCAGUGCCAACAUCCAAGUCCACGUUCCAGACCUCACCAGGGACAAGCUGUCUCACAAGCCCAGCAAGCCAACUUCUGCCCAGAUUCGCCGGCUGGUCUCCCAGGUGAAUGGGCAACGGCUGUGGUACUCUCACCUGCGACCCAUCCUCAUCGAGAGGCUGCCAGGUACCAAAGGUAGCCAGGCUGUGCGUGAGCACAUCAUCUCCCAGUUGAGCUUGCUCUCAGCAGGAUGGUCAGUGGAGGUGGACUCGUUCACUUCACCCACCCCCCAUGGCCAGAUCACCUUCUCCAAUGUCCUGGCGGUGUUGGACCCCUCAGUCCCACGCAGGCUAUUGCUGGCCUGCCAUUAUGACUCCAAGGCCCUCCCAGUGACCCCCGGUGCCCCACAGCGGGUCUUUCUGGGGGCCAGUGACUCUGCUGUCCCCUGCGCCAUGAUCCUGGAGCUGGUGACAGCCUUAGACAUCCAUCUGAGGGUGCACAAGCAGCAGAGCUCCCAGGUGACUCUGCAGCUGGUAUUCUUCGAUGGUGAGGAGGCCUUUGAGGAAUGGACCCCCACGGACUCCUUGUAUGGCUCACGUCACCUGGCUGAACUCAUGUCCCAAACACCUCACCCCCCUGGGUCCACACACACCACCCUCCUGGAAGCUGUGGACCUAUUUGUUCUAUUGGACCUGAUCGGGGCACCUGAUCCACUGUUCGUCAAUCAUUUUGACAACACGGCCCGCUGGUUUGACCGGCUUAUAUCUGCAGAGAAGAGACUGCACAAGCUGGGCCUUCUGUCCUCACACCCGGUGGAGCAGAGUUACUUCAAGAAGGACGUGUACCUGGGCCCUGUGGAGGAUGAUCACAUGCCCUUCCUCCAGAGGGGAGUUCCAGUACUCCAUGUGAUCGCCACACCCCUCCCAUCGUUCUGGCACACCCUGGAGGACACAGAAAACAAGAUGCAUGCCCCUACGGUGGAGAACCUCACCAAGAUCCUGGUGGUCUUCCUGGCUGAGUACCUGAAGCUCUGA